GGAAGCGGCCGGAUGUUUAGCGUGUUGUUUCCCCCCUUUUUCAGUGGUAGCGGCCGCCGGCGGCCGCCGGCCACCGCGGCGGAGGGUCGGCUAGACCGCGAGACGAUCCGAGUGGCCGGAGACGAAGCGUUCAGAAGCCGGACGAGCUCGCACCAAGGUUUAACAAACCAAAUCAUUUCGUUAACCUCGUCGCCGUCGCCGUCAACCGGCUGCUCCGACCACCGGGGAGAGCUCCUCCUCCUCCUCUCCACGACUCCACCUCGUCUCCACGCUCCCCCCUCGCCGGCGGGCGCCCGUCGAUUCCGCUUCCCCGCUCUCUUCUGCAAGCGCGCAAUAAUCAACAGGCGAAAACCCCGCAGGAGGGAUCCAGCUUCCUGAAUUUUUUGGCAAAUUUUUGAGGUGUGAGCUCUUUUUUUGUUGGGAAUUUUGAGGCACCGCAUCCACCAGAGCCGGCCGCCAUACUGAAUUCAGGAUGUCUACGCAGCUAGUGUUUCCCAGUGCUUCCAAUGGCGGAUGCCCAUUGGGCGUUUCGCGGAACAAUUUUAGGAAAGUGGUUCUGGGCGUCGGUGCGGGGCAUCUCCAGGGAAAGAAGUGCUUUUCUGGUGGCUCUUCCCGCCCUAGCAAACUCGAGUGCUCUGCAAACUCGCGGCGAGUUGGGCCACGGCGCACCAAGGAUGCCCUGUAUGACCUCCACCCUGAGAUCUCGAUGCUGUAUGGAGAGGAUAAUGGUGCAGUUGCUGCCCCGGGCAAGGAACAGGAUAUUGUCAAGACCACCGAGAGGCUGGAAGAUGUAUCUGCGUCGCACCGCUACAGUGAGCCGAGGAUCAAAGUCAUUGGCGUUGGAGGUGGUGGAUCCAAUGCUGUGAACAGGAUGAUUGAGAGCGACAUGAAGGGGGUGGAAUUCUGGAUCGUGAAUACUGAUUUUCAGGCUAUGAGAAUGUCACCCAUUGAUCCGGAUAAUAAGUUGCAGAUCGGCCAGGAGCUAACACGAGGUCUUGGUGCUGGUGGGAACCCGGAAAUCGGCAUGAAUGCAGCCAAGGAAAGCCAGGAGUUGGUAGAACAAGCAGUUUCUGGUGCUGAUAUGAUUUUUGUGACUGCUGGAAUGGGAGGAGGGACAGGCACAGGCGGGGCCCCAGUUAUAGCAGGGAUUGCAAAGUCCAUGGGUAUAUUAACUGUUGGAAUUGUGACAACCCCGUUUGCAUUUGAGGGAAGGAGGCGUGCACUACAGGCGCAAGAAGGAAUUGCGUCCUUAAGAAGCAAUGUUGAUACACUGAUUGUAAUUCCAAAUGACAAAUUGUUGACUGCUGUUUCUCCAAAUACUCCUGUGACAGAAGCAUUUAAUUUGGCAGAUGAUAUACUUCGGCAAGGUGUCCGUGGAAUCUCAGAUAUAAUCACUGUGCCAGGUUUGGUCAAUGUUGACUUUGCUGAUGUCCGAUCAGUUAUGUCGGAUGCAGGGUCAUCUUUGAUGGGCAUUGGAACUGCAACAGGUAAGACACGUGCCAGGGAUGCUGCGCUUAAUGCUAUACAGUCUCCUCUUCUUGAUAUUGGCAUUGAAAGAGCAACAGGAAUUGUAUGGAAUAUCACUGGAGGGAAUGAUCUAACCUUGACGGAGGUGAAUGCAGCAGCUGAAGUGAUAUACGAUCUUGUUGAUCCUGGUGCAAAUCUCAUUUUUGGCUCUGUUAUUGAUCCAUCGUAUACUGGUCAAGUGAGCAUAACCCUGAUUGCAACUGGAUUCAAGCGUCAGGAGGAGGCUGAGAGUCGACAGGCUGGUGGAGAUAACAGCCGGAGCCACAGCAGUUGGUUUUCUUCAUCAUCCCAGGAAGAAGGUCCAACAUUGCAGAUCCCAGAGUUUUUGCAGAGGAAAGGGCGUUCAGGGUUUUCCAGAGGCUGAAACUUCGGCUUGAAGAAAAAAAAAAACUUAGAACUCUCACUAGUUUAGCGCACCAGCUUUCUUUCUCGUGCUUUCCUCUUCUUCUUUUUUUAAUUUUGUUAGGAGUUCGAUAUGUUUCAAGUUUAUUUUUGCUGCUCAGAUUUAGAUGAUAAUGUUAUGAGCAGAUAUUUGAUUCCUGAACCGUACUGUGCUUCCUGAAUGGAUAAACUGGAAUUCUUCUCUCUUUUUCACAA